CUCGACUCCUCAUCGAGAGGAGGCUUUUGCAAUUUGAUACAAUUAUUUCAAAGAAACUUGGGAUGCUUGGGAUGAGCUUACAGCGUCACAAAAAGGGGAUGAAAAUGUCUUGUCGUAAUGAGAUGACGGAGCAUAUUCCAUAUAUUCCACCACUGGCGCUCCACUGCUUCUCGGUGGACAUCACGGGUGCGCGCCACCACUUCGGUCUUCCAUCCUUCCACCUGGAGCCAGCGUACCUCGAGCGUGCCCGCUCCAAGUUCCCAUACGGAGGUCUGCACUAUUACUCGUGUCCCGGUCCGGUGAGCAGGUGUGAACAUUCGCUGGAGCCGGCGUUUAUUCACAAGAGGAACGAGAGGGAGCGCCACCGGGUGCGCUGCGUCAACGAGGGUUACGCGCGCCUCCGGGAGCGCCUGCCGAGGGAAUUCGACGACAAGAGGCUAAGUAAAGUGGAGACGCUGCGGGCCGCCAUCGACUAUAUCAAACAUCUGCAGGAACUUUUGGACCUUAACGUUGCUGGGAUGUCACUGGAAGCUGCUCACAAACGGCCCAAAUGCCAGUGA